UGAAACUGAGCAGGACCGUGUGAGACCCUCCCGGGUAUAAAAGCUUUUCCACGUCACCUAUUUCUUGUUCGUAGGAAAAAGGCUUUCCGCUUCCUAGACCUUUCCUGAGUUCCAAAGGGCAGAUUCCAACAGUUACUUGUUAGCGGAGGGGUGCAGAAAGAAACAAUAGCGCAAGAUGGGGCAGAGUCCUGGUUUCUCCUCAGGGGACCUGCAUAACAACCUGAUACAUGUCUCUGAGCUCUUCUGCAGGAACUAAGGUCCCACCCGGUGGAGGAUGGUGACUUCAGGCCAAGCACAAGCACGGGGACCUAGACUGUUUGGAACCAGAGGCUGAUGAUUGAGAUUCCUGGAACACCACCCUGUUACCUCACCACCAACCAAUCAGAAGGGGGGUACACACUCCGCAGACCUCCUAGCCAAUUGUGCCCAUAAAAACUCCUUCCCUGAAACUGUUACCGAACCAAGUUCAUGUGCCAGACACACAGUGAGGCCAACAAUACUGACACGUCGGACUCCGGAGCAGAGAAAGGUUUAUUGCAGGGCCAUGCAAGGAGAUGGGUGCCUUGUGCCCCCAAAACCGCCAAAGCAUUUUUAAAGGCCAGGUAAGGGAGGGGGUGUGGCUGGUUGUUGCCCAUUUUGUGUAGGAAUCCCUUGUUCUUGCAGCUUCUCCACAAAGGUCAGGUCACGAUGUUCCUGUAAACCUCCAACUAGACCAACGUUAUUCUUUGUUCUGCAACUUUUUAUCUCUGUAUGAAUGGAAAAGUGGUGUCCCCUUAAAGGUCAGAGCUUUGAGCACUGGCUCUCCUGUAUAUUUCAGGCUGCAGGCAACAUUCUUAACUCAAAGUAAAAGCAACAGAAUACAGAGGUUAAAGUGGAAGAAACAGACCCACUCUGGAGUCAGGCCUGUUCUUCCCUCUUACGGCCCUAUACGAAACAUUUCUCUGCUCCAGACGCGCCCCCGGUUUGGUUUGUUAGGCCUCACCCUGCGUGGGGCACAUGAGCCGAGCUGGACAACAGGAAGACCAGGGUCUGCUGUGACGCUGACUCCGGUGUCCACUCCUUCACGGGAGGACCUCAGGUCUCAGCCAAACACAACCUGGAGAGUCCAUCCCGGGUCCUAACGCUGUGGUCCCUGUGUCCCAACCCGGCAUGGUCCUGAUCUUACGACGGAACAUCCAGUGUCCAGGGUGUUGGCAAAGCCGGAGCCCAGGGCCCACCGACUGCAGGGCAGCCCCUACCCCACCCACGGCACCGCGCCCGCGCUCUUCCGCCGGCACCGAGACUACAAGUACCAGCAUGCAGCGCGGCCCCUUCUAGCCGGCUCUCGCGUCCCGUCUCUGUCGCCCCUGGAUUUUCCCGCCCACGCUCGCGUCCGCGAAGGGCGUGGCGCCCGUAGCCCCUGCCCACUGACGUCGGCGCGCCGACGUGACGUGAUGACGCGGCGCUCUGGGCGCCUCCGCCCUCCCGGGCUCCAGUCCGGCGGCGGGAGGCCUGGGGCGGCGCUUCGGUUUGUGGGAGCCGCUGUGGUGUGAAGGCGCGAGGCCGGUGGGAAGGGUCGGCCCUUGUAGCCUCCUCCUCCGGGUCUGCGGCUCCCCGUCCCAGAUGGACAGGGUGUGCGCCGUGUUCGGAGGCUCCCGGGGCAUCGGCAGGGCGGUGGCCCGCUUGAUGGCCCAGAGAGGUUACCGACUGGCCAUCGUCGCCCGGAAUCUGCAGGGGGCCAGAGCCGUGGCCGGGGACCUGGGCGGAGAUCAUUUGGCAUUGAGCUGUGAUGUUGCCAAAGAACAUGAUGUUCAAAAUACAUUUGAAGAGAUAGAGAAAAACUUAGGUCGAGUUAAUUUCUUGGUAAAUGCAGCUGGAAUUAACAGGGAUAACCUCUUAGUAAGGACAAACGCCGAAGAUAUGCUAUCUCAGCUUCAUACUAACCUCUUGGGCUCCAUGCUGACCUGUAGAGCUGCCGUGAAGACAAUGAUUAAACAGCAGACAGGGUCCAUUGUGAAUGUGGGAAGCGUUGCAGGUGUAAAAGGCAGUUCUGGCCAAUCCGUGUACAGCGCCAGCAAAGGCGGGCUAGUUGCAUUCUCACGCGCUCUUGCUAAAGAAGUAGCAAGAAAGAAAAUUAGAGUGAAUGUAGUUGCGCCAGGGGACGAUAUAUAUGAAUUUGAAGAAGCUGCAGUUAGAGUUUUAGGGCAGUAAAACUGCUCUGCGCGAGACUGUAGUGGUGGAUACGUGAUGAGAUGCAUUUGUGAGAACAUAGACCUGUCCAACGCAAAGGGCGGCCCCUGAGGUAAACCAUGACUUCACUUAAUAGCGUAUCAGUCAGUGUUGGUUCACCAGAUGCAGUGUGCUAAGGCAGGGUGUUAAUAAUUGGGGGGUGCCCGGGGAAGGCGGUGUGAUAUGAGGUAUGUGGGGACUCCCUCCACUUUCUGAUCAGUUUUUUUAUAAACCUAAAGCUGCUCUAAAAAAUAAAGUCUAUUAAUUUAAGAAGAAAAAAAAAAAGCUGCUGACAGUGAGAGGACGGUGCUUGCGUUUGGGACAGGUUCCUGCCCUCUGUAUCCGACAUGAUGGUCCAGGAGGAGAAGCCAGCGUUGGGGACGGCUUCCCUCCCUCUCAGCCUGGCCUCCGCCCCCCACUGCACUUUGAGGCUUUCAGCGCAGGGUCCAGCGCUGGCCGGCAGCUGUCCUGUGAGGCCUGUCCGUCCGGCUGUCCGUUCCCAGUGGGAGAGGCCGUGGAACUCCCCCUGUGAAAUGACGCCCUGAUCCUCCCCUCAGUGGGAGCGGUGGAGGGAGAGCCAGCCCGCGGGGCGGGGGCCCGAGCAGCCUGACCCGGUGCUGGACCCGCGGGCUCCGCUCUCUCCUCGACAGAUCUGACCCCUCACGGACGUGAGUCCAGGCCGUGGUGUCGGACGAAGCCUGUCUCCUGUCAGAAGCACGCGUGUGUCAGUCUGUCUGCCGCGGUGGCUGGCUCCCGUGGCUCUCUGGAGGACCAGGUCUGUCCCACGGCCGCAUCUCCAUGGCAGAGGCCUGUCUGCCUUCUCCCCGUUUCACUGCCUGGAUCUCCCUUCCUGUCUGCGGUCUGCCUUCCAGCACCUCGCGCCCUGUUCCAGAUCUGCCUUUUUCCCAGGGUGAAAACACUUCCGGUGGCCUCUCACAGACCGUGUGGCCUUACAUCCCCCCAGAAGCAGGGCACCUCAGUUCCCUUCAGCACAGCCUGAGUAACAGCCCGGUGCUUGCUGAACAGGAGCUCUUCCAGCCACGCGGCUGCAGUGUAAGAACUGAGGCCUUUGAGGGGAAACACGACGACCCGUGACGAGGCAUACCUUCAUCCUGGAGUCGUAGCCAUGUAGAGCUGAAGUCUGCCGUUCUCAGUCUGCUGCCCCUGCUUCACGAGACAGGAGCAGCCUGCAGUUCAGACGGUGCGUGGUGCCCAGCCGUUAGCUUGCAGAGUGCAGCAGAGCGGGGGACGGAAGCUAGUGGGGGGUGUCCUCACCCAGUGCUCUGCUUGCCGCGAAAUGCCACCUCUGAGAAGACGUCAGCAGAGCCACCUAGAAGUUGAGCUAACCGGUAGUCACGAGGUCUUUCUUGCAGCGCGUUUUUACUGUAGUUUAUUGAGGUCUGUUUUGUUUUUUAAGAUUAAAAUGCAUCAUUGAUUUUCUGCCAGGGGUUGAGAGUUAGUGGGGAAAUAUUUUAUGCCAAUUUUGCUAGAAUUCAAAACAACCUUAGAGUAAAUAAUUGUAUCGUGAACUCUUUGAGAAGAUGACCUGGAUAUUUAAAUGUUAGAUUCGUGAUUUAUUCAGUCGACGUUGUAAGCAUGUGAAGUGCGUUCUCUUCCUGAUUCUCUUUUCUGAGGCACCUUUGACCCUGAAGUGUAUCCAGAGGCUUCGGAUCCGGGAGCCCUGCGACCCUGCUUGUUGGGUAGCCGCAGCCCGUGCAGUACUGGGAUCUUCCUGUAGGUGGAGCUACGCUCACAGCGCACCCAUGAUGCGGUUUCAUCACAGCUGUACUUUGCCUUCUUUUUUUAAGUCUAAAUGAUGAGUAGCGUACAGAAUGCUGAUUAUAGAAGUUAUUGGUAAUAUGUAUUCAUAUGUAUCAGACUAAUCUCACAAGAUUUCCUUAAUAGAUAUGCAGUUCUUCUGUGCUAUGAACCAUUUAGAACUGGUGCUCCAUAUACUAUGUCACUUUAACUACAGCUCUUGCUACUUGAGAACAUGUUCUCUGCAAGCCUUAUUGCACACAGCACUGCCGUGUUAACUUUAAAAUUUUAAAAUUUUCUGUAUAUACUUGCAUCAGGAUUGGAUAAUUCCAUUAGAUUCUUUUCUUAUAGGAACAUUGGAAAUACUGGUCUUUCUAAUCAUCAGCUAUCUUAGAUAUAGCACAUGAAACUAAUUUUUGUCAGAACUGCCAAAUCAGGUCAUGUGACCACGUUUGUGAUGCUUUCCUUCCCUCUACUCCCCCACUCCACCCCUAAUCAAGUGAAAAUUAAUCAGUUGUGUGGUUCUUUGUGUUCACCUCUAUCCGGAUAUUCACCCAAGUUCCUUUUGUUAUAAUUAGGGGUGCAAGUGAGUGUUUCCUCCCUAGGUUACAGGUUCCUUAAGGAAUGGAAUUUUUAUUCAUGUUUAUAGCUAUCCACUCAUAUUGUGCUACGAGUUGGGUCAAAUAUUUUAGUGUUCAGUAAAUGUUCAUUGGGUUAAAUUGAAUAAAAAAUGAGGACUUGGAUACUGAUUGCUAGCAAAACUCUGUAUUUCCUAAACAAGGUUUAUUAAUCAUCUCAAAUUUUCAGCAGCGAAUUUAUUUUUUUUUUUGAAAUUGAGCAAGUGUCUUAGUGUCUGCCCUUUUCAACUAAAUGAGCAAACAUUUCUC